AUGGCGGAAGAUAGGAAAAAGUUCGCGGCGCCGCCUGGUGUGGGCGCUGGAAGGCCUGACCAUCCCUUCGCUGUGACUGUCGAAGAGCCCAUACCCAAUGCAAUCGUCCCGGACGGGUACGGGAUCAAGUAUCAUGCCUAUCAUACCAUCACGGAGGGUGUCUUCUUGCCAGCAGGUACAUCACUCCCUGGCGGAGCAGUCUUGCCAAUGUCAAGUGUCGCCGACUUUCCUAUGGUGUUGCCUCUGGGGACCAAGUUGCCCGGAGGUGUGAUGGUCCCUGUGAGCUCUGCAUAA